ACAAUCAAAACACAAAAAAUAAAGGGGGAGAACAAAAACCCUAAAUUUUCUUUUGGGGUAACAGGAAUUUAGCAAUCAAGCAGCAGCAGCGAUUUCAAUUUAAAAAGUCCCAUCCUUUUUUGUUGACAAUGUAUUUGUGAUUGGAUCCAAUAGCUUCCGUGAGACAGGAACGUCUGGGAUAGGGUUUUUGUUCCUCCCCCUGACAAAAACGUUCCUCCCGAUUCUCUUUCGGCUUUUGUUUGGAUCUUUAAUCUUCUGGGUUUUGCCGGAAUCUGAUUUUUUCGCUCUAAAGUUUCUCGCUUUUUUGCCCUUUUGUUGAUCUCUGUGACUGAAAAGAGUUCUCGGGACAGUGUCUGAAUCAUGGCAAUGGUGGUUCCUAAAGAAGGACUCGAAGUUAUGGUGAAGGAAACAGUUUCUUCACCUCCGUCGGUUCCUCCUGUUCGUCUGCAGCUUCAAUUCCCUGAUCUCACAGUUCCAAUUAGAGAGUUCUUCAACUCUAGAGAAGCCCGUGAAUUUCUUAGCGGGGCUUUAGCAGGAGCCAUGACUAAAGCUGUUCUUGCUCCAUUGGAGACAAUAAGGACAAGAAUGGUGGUUGGUGUUGGGUCCAAAACCAUUUCGGGUAGCUUUCUCGAAGUCAUCGAGAUGCAGGGGUGGCAAGGUCUUUGGGCAGGCAAUGCAAUUAAUAUGAUUCGUAUAAUUCCCACUCAAGCUAUCGAGUUGGGGACGUUCGAGUGUGUUAAGCGUGCCAUGACAUCGGCACAAGAGAAGUUCAGCCAGAUUGAGUACCCGAAGAUUAAGAUUGGCGAAAUUAGUUUCAGUCCUUCCCUGUCAUGGAUCUCACCCGUUGCGGUGGCUGGUGCAGCCGCAGGUAUUGCCAGUACGCUCGUUUGCCAUCCUCUCGAAGUCCUGAAGGAUAGGUUAACUGUGAGCCCCGACUUAUAUCCGAGCUUAAACAUUGCGGUUGGAAAGAUCUUCAGGGAGGAUGGAAUUGGCGGCUUUUAUGCCGGAUUAUCGCCUACAUUAGUCGGGAUGCUCCCGUACAGCACAUGUUAUUACUUCUUGUAUGACACAAUGAAGACAUCUUACUGCAAAUCCAAAAACAAAAAAGCUCUAAAUCGCCCAGAGAUGCUUGUUCUCGGGGCUCUGGCGGGACUAACUGCGAGCACGAUAAGCUUCCCGUUGGAAGUGGCGAGAAAGAGGCUGAUGGUGGGAGCGCUGCGGGGGAAAUGCCCACCUAACAUGGCGGCUGCGUUAGCGGAAGUGAUGAGGGAAGAGGGCAUGAUGGGGCUUUACAGAGGAUGGGGAGCGAGUUGUCUGAAAGUGAUGCCGUCUUCGGGCAUCACUUGGAUGUUUUAUGAAGCAUGGAAGGAUGUUUUACUUUCUGACAAGCGACUUCUUCUAUAACCAACAGAACUCAGCAAAGGACUUCAAUCUUUUAGCCUAAGCUCUGUUACUUCUUGAAGGUCGUCGUCAUCAUCAUCAAAUUUAGGUAGAUUGGAAGGGAAAUGAGAGGCCGAGCCAUAUCCCCUUGAGAUUCUGUGUUCUUUUAUCGUCUUGGGUCUUGAUUUUGAUUUUCCUUCUUCGAGCUCUCUCUAACAGUUCAAAUUACAUUAUUGUUGCAUUAGUUUUGGUGUUUUUAUAUAAUAGUUUUUCUUUA